CAUUUGUUAGAGUUCGGGGUACCACACGUGCGCACAUCCUGGUUCAUCCUGGAAACCCUCGCCGCCACCCUCUUUGGGGAAAGACACCACUACCACCCAUGUGUCUCGUGUUGCGGCUGUUCCUUGCGGUGGCGCUCGUUCUUUGGCGUCGACGAUGAGGGGAUGGACGGAUCUGGUAUGGUGUUCCUGCUAGACGCCGUCGGCAGGUUAGUCCGCGCAGAUCUAUGAAAAAGCUUUUGGGAUUUCCUGGGCAAAGUUGCAUCACACGCAGGAGAACCCUGAUGAACUGGUGGCCUUUAUGCCGGUGAUUGCCGUGGUUUUUUCAUAUUCCCGCUGAGAGAGGAGGUCGCUGACAACCUUGAGCAGCUAGAUCUGGUCAAAGAAGAUCGCACAGGUAGAGCGCGGGAAGGUGUGCGCCGUCGCGAUGAUGCAUCUCCAAUGAGUUUGGCUCAGUCGAUCGAUAGAGUCAAUCCAGAGGCCCCUGGCUGGACUAAAAGCGAGAGGAGGUGCAUCAAAAAAUGGUGUAGGCGGAAGUUCCAGUGAACCAGAAGAUGAGGAAAGGAAAGAACGUGUAGACAGCUUAGCUGCAGUAGCACUUGCUGUAGUCGACCAAGCCAUAGACAAUCCAAAACUCUUCAAAGGUAUAUUCGAGCAAGUGAGGGGUCUCCCUAUCAAGACUUGGAGUGGAAGGAUACAUCUGAUCUGGUGCAGCACAUGGAGGUCAAGGACACGGGAGCAUCAACCCCACACGCACGGGAGAUGGUGAGGAUGGCAUCAUUUGGGAUGAGCUAGAGAACGAAAGCCAGGAAGCUGCACAAAUGGAAGCUGAACAGAAAAACGGUUAUGUGUCGGUUAAUUGGCAUAUUGGAUACAGCUAUAGUAGUUGAUGAUGAAGAUGGCAACACGGUGAUUAACUACGGUAAAGCACAUGGUUCCAGUGCAGAAGCUGCAAGUGCAGAUGCAGAUAAUACAUCAAGGAGUGGAUGGGGUGACAAGUACCCUCCAUCGAUUGGGCUAUACAUACAGUCGUCUGAUCAUGACAUUUUCAAGUUCAAUGUGAACAUGAUGGAAUGUGGAGAGGACGUUCUCAAGAACACUUCCAUCCCAUAUUGGCGGUGGCAUCUGGUCAGGACCUGAAGGAUGAGCUCACUCUCGGUGGGGAGUUGACAUUGAAUUUGUGGAGGUGCAUCCAUCACAUGCUUAGUCAGAAGGAGAAGAUAAUCUACUGCGGGUGGCUUGAUAGGUUUAGGGGGAUUUUUGAUCCACGUUUUGUUGCAAGUGCACAGCUUAAUUAUAAUUGUGUUUCUGUGCACCCGGUGGAUCAUAUGAAGCUAAUUUUUCUUACAUUUCCAUUGCAGGAAGAGCUUUGCAGGGAUGCUGGUGAAACUAACUGGGAUUACAUUAGCACUAUGAUGCACCCUGAUGUGAUGGGAUGUAGAAUUGAUUGGGUGAAGAAGUUCAUGUUCCUGGUGAAUUUCAUGGAUUGUUGGCCAUUGUACAUUCUGGAUACGGAGAAGAAAAUUAUGAUAGUCCAUGAAAUGACUGAGACCGAUCCGGCGUGUGAGAUGAAAAUCAAACAUGAGGCUUUAGCCAAGAAGUUCCAACAUAGGUUCUGCACCUUAUUCAACGACAUGUUCGGUGCUGGCUUGGUUGAGACCCGUGGAUUGUCGUUUGUGUAUCCGUUGGUGGCUCAACAUGGGCAAUGCAGCAGUGGAGUGUAUAUCUUGCACUACUUCGUCGAGUUCAUCAGACUCUACCUACAAUCAACACUAACCCAGGCUCAGAUCGAGCACUUGCGCAAGAAGUUUGCCUACGAAAUAGUGACCAUGAAGGGAAACAAUGGGGAUAUUCCGGAGCUCUUACACGACAUAAUCAUUGACUGAAGUGAAGGCGGUGGUACUCUGAGAGUGAGUGCAGUCAGGCAAGAUCUUUUGGUUGUGCUUGUGAUAAACCCUAGUUUGACACGAGUGAGUUGGCGUGCCAUUUUGCAUCACAAAAUCCCCAGCCAGAGUAAUGUUAUGUUGUACCUUGUAAGGAUUAAGUUUGCACUAUCUAUAUUUGAGGAACAAGCUUGGGAAGAGUUUUUUCGAACGGGGGAAGUACUUAAUUUGAUGUAUUGUUCGCAUGCGUGUGCUAAA